CUCUUGCAGAUCCAUUUUCACACUAAAUUCCACUGGCUAAUGUUUUCGGAUUGUUGCAGGUUGCUAGGAAGAGGCUCCAUGUUUGUCUUUUCCCAUCGCCAGUUCACACAACUUUUGGAUGUUGACCAUUCUUGGAAAGCCGAUCUUUUACUGGACAUCGGUGCUGGAGAUGGUGCGGUAACGGAAGUUAUGGAUCGUCACUUCCGUUCUGUUCAUGUUACUGAAAUUUCCCCGAUCAUGAGAAGAGUUUUAGCAGGCAAAGGUUACGAAGUCCUUGAUGCUCACAAGUGGAUGGAGAAGAAAGAGCUGUAUGAUGUUAUCUCCUGCUUGAACGUGCUAGAUCGCUGCGACUGCCCUCUUGCGUUAUUGGAGAAUAUGAAAAAUAGUCUCAAGAUUGGUACAGGAAGGUUAAUUUUAGCGAUGGUGUUACCUGUAAAACAAUAUGUGGAAUCAGGUAAAUGA